GGCUUCUGCUAUAGGCCUUUGCUCGUGCAUCCUGAUAAUCUGAUUAGGAGAUUUUGUUGAGCAACACUUCUUUUCCUAACACCGUGACCAUGGCUGUCCUGAGAGUAAAAUUCACCAAAACCAAGAGAGACAAAUUGGCUCAAAUCCUGUGGAUCCUCAACUGGAUUUCUGUGGUGUCUGGCGUAAUUCUGUUCAGCCUGGGACUCUUCCUGAAGAUCGAACUCAGAAAGCGAAGUGAGUUGAUGGGCAAAGGGGAUAUUAACUCUGUCCCCAACAUGCUAAUAUCUGUAGGGGUUGUAGCAUGCAUCAUCAACUUUCUUGGAGGUAAAAUCUGCUAUGACUGCACAGACUCCAACAAAUUCAACCGCUGGAAGAUGUUUAUGCUCCCUUAUAUUGUUUGCACGUUCUGCUUCACCUUCUGCAUUUUGGUAGGUGCUGUCAUGUGUUACACCAUGAGAAAUGAACUGGAGGAAUCUCUGUAUCUGGGGCUGAGGGACGCUAUUAAGUUCUACAAGGACACAGACAUUCCUGGAAGGUGCUUUUUAAAGAAAACCAUUGACAUAUUACAAAUCAGAUUCCAAUGCUGUGGAAACAACGGUUUCAGGGAUUGGUUCGAAAUUCAGUGGGUCUCAGUUCGCUAUCUGGAUAUGGCUUCAAAGGAUAUUCAAGACCGCCUAAAAAGUAACGUCGAUGGGAAGUUUUUGGUGGAUGGAGUCCCCUUCAGUUGUUGCAACCCAAACUCACCCCGGCCCUGCAUCCAGUAUCAGCUAACAAACAAUUCAGCUCACUACAACUAUGAUUUCAUGACAGAAGAACUUAAUAUUUGGAUGAGAGGAUGCAGGGAAGCCCUACUGGAUUAUUACACUGACAUCAUGAGAUCCAUCGGUAUCACUGUGCUCCUCAUCUGGUUGUUUGAGCUGUCUGUACUUACUGGGGUUCGUUACCUUCAAACGGCAAUGAGGAAUGUUCUCCUCCUGGGUGAUCCGCAGUGUGACUCAGAUGGCUGGUUGCUUGAGAACAGCUUUGUAGAAACUGCCAAAAACAACAUCAACAUCAUUAAGAACCUUGGCAAGGCUAAUCAGAUAUCAACGGUUUCAGGGAAUGACCCUAACAUGGAUGUUAAAACUGCAAAUCACUGUCCAGAGAAUGUUCCAACAAAAUCAAUCCCCACAGCUUAA